CUUAUAGUAUAAAGGAGGCUCAGAGCCCAGACUUUGAGGAGUCAGAGAACCCAGGAGUCUUCAACCCAGCGCUGUUCCUGCAGCUGGUCACCAGCCAGAAGGAUGAAGGCCAGCCUGGCCCUCCUAACCUUCCUGCUCGCCGUUGCUGCUCUCCACUCUGAGGCCAAUGAAGGACCAACUCAGGACCAGGUUAUUCGCUGCUGUUUCUCCUUCAUCUCUCGGAGAAUCCCACUCCGUUUUGUGAAACAUUAUUACUUGACUACAAGCCAGUGCUCCGUCCCAGGGGUUGUCUUCCUCACCAAACGUGGGAGACAAAUUUGUGCUAACCCCAGUGAUGCCUGGGUACAGAAGUACAUAGAACAGCUGGAACUCCAGUAGAUGUGAUCUGUGGGAACCGGGGCCACCACAGCUCGGGGACCAUGAGAAGAGACUGCAGACCACCUCCCCUCCCCAAGCAACCCUCUCAGAGCCCAGUGGCCCCCGGGCGUUGUCCUGGCCUGAACGGAAGCCCAUUCUUGCUCUUCUCGGCCCCUGUGCUCUGGUGAAUUCUGCUGGAGCUCUGCCAUGACACCCCGCCUCAGGGGCCUGAGGGCGCUUGGCUCCCAGACAGCACCUGCCUUCCCCUAGUGAGCACCCAGCUGAAAUAAAGUCAUGCUAUAGAAAGGGAACUGGGUGGUUUAAAUGUGUUCUCUC